UUGUCAUUAUUUCAUCUGACCUUUUGAGGUUGGAAUCUUAAAGUCAGUAAUUCUAAACAAAUUUAAUAAAUAGCAAGAAUGUCUGUCGGAAUACCUGUUAUAGGACUCGUUUCCCAUACGAGGAAAGUACAAAGCUUGUAUAAAAGAGCCUUGAGAAACCUAGAAAAUUUUUAUACCCAGAGAGAAAUAUAUCGAUUUCGGGCAGUACUUUUGAGGGAGGAUUUUGAUAAAAAUAGAGACAUUAAAGACCUCAGAGUAGCGAAAGAACUACUAGAAAAUGGAGAAGAAUAUUUGUUCAAAGUAUCACAUCCUCUGCCAAAAAAAUUUCCAGGAUCACCAGGUGGUGUUGCUUAUGGAAGAGAAGUUCCUCCACCGGACUGGGUUUUAGAUUAUUGGCACCCAUUAGAAAAAGCUCAAUAUCCUGAAUAUUUUGCAAAACGUGAAGAGAUGAAAAAGGAAUAUAUAAAACUAUGGGAAAAACUUUAUAAGGAUGUUCCUGAUAGAAAAUAUCAUCAUUAAUGAAUAUUUUCAGGUUCAAGAUAAUAUUUAUAUAGUAAUUAUAUGAACAUUGCUUGAGGCAAGGUAGAAAUAUAAAUUUUAUUGAGA